GCCAGUCUUGCGCUGUCUUGCGCCGCGACAACACGCGCACUCGCGAUCAAGCAUUGUUACAGUGAAUGGCCAUCAAUAUGAGGACCGGAGCGGCUCUCUCGCUGCUGCUUGUUAUUGGCACAUGCUCCAGCGCCCGGUACUUAGGCAAGCGGUUGGGUCCCCUGUCGGAGCUGCAUCACGGCGUGCGUGGAACCGUCUACGCAGUUGACGCGCGCACGCUGUACAUCGAUGGGUUCCAUUACGAUGGAGUAGGGCCAGCCGCAUACUUCUAUGUGGGUACGUCCAAGACUCCAAUGGCGGCGGGAGCAACCCGACUGCGUGACGAACGCGGCGGCACGGGCCCACUGCGGCGAUACCGCGGCGAGGGCGUCACGAUAUCUCUCCCCGACGGGCACACACUGAAGGACGUGCGCUGGUUUAGCGUGUGGUGCGACGAUUACUCGGUGAACUUCGGCGACGUGUCGAUCCCUCGCGACGGGGAGUUCCCGAAGCCAGCGAAGGUUGGCGCUUUACGCGGGGUGCACGGCGUCUCCUCCGACCCUGUGGUGGUGGUAGACGCGCAGACACUGCUCGUGCCCAACUUCUCGUACGACGGAGAGGCUCCAGAUGCCAAAUUCUGGGUGGGUCGCGGAGAGACACCUUCCCCUCAAGGCAUCCGGAUCCCUGACGAGAACGGGAAAGAAGUGCCACUCAGAAAGUACGACAAGAAAACCAUCGUCCUGACCUUGCCCGGGGACCUGACGGUGUUUGACAUUGGCCAUUUCGCGGUGUGGUGCGAAGCCUUCACGGUGAACUUCGGACACGUGACUUUACCGCACGCUUCGCUUGCCAACGUGCCGCCCAGCCUCAAGAUGCUGGGUGUGUCGCCACAAUCGAAGCUGAACUGCGAAGUACUGCAUGAUGAACUGGCCUUCGAAGUACGCUGGGCAGUUGCCGGGGACAGUAUCGUACUUCAGCUGGUCGCCAAACUAGAGGACGGCGAGUACAUGUCUUUCGGCAUUUCGGGCGAUGCUGACCACUCACAGAUGGUGGGCGGCGACGUGGCGGUGGCCUGGGUGGACAAGGAGACCCUCAAGGGAUACGCGGUGGACUACUACCUGGAUGCCAAGAGUCAGUGCGCGGGAGUCAGGGGAUCCUGCCCUGAUGAGAGGCUUGGGGAGAAGACCAAUUCAGUCCGAUUGCUCAACGCUGCGCUUGUGAAUGGUUACUCCAUUGUGACGUAUCAGCGAGCAUUGAAAGCAUCCGACGAGCUGGACAGGCCCGUGUUCACCAACGGCACCCAGCCCAUCAUCUGGGCGCUUGGACCGCUUAACUCUAGGAACGAAGUCUCUUACCAUCAUCAUUUCACUAAGGGCGACAAGUUCAUUGAAUUUGGACGUCCCCCAGUGUGGAACUGCCCUAUGCCCGAGAGUGAAGAGGAGCAGAAGGAGCAACCAGUUCCCGAACCGGUGACCAGACCCAGUAGACCAGCGCAGGAACAGACAGCAGUUAUCAAGCCAAACCCGGUUCCGACACCGAAGCCGGUGCCGAAAGCGGUACCCUGGGAGAUCCCCGCCAUCCAAUGUUACGAGCCGCCAGAUGGCGUGUUCUACGCGCAGAUGGGACCAACCGGGGGCAAGCAAGGCUAUUCCGCUAUCACUGGUCACGUGGGUUGGGGAAUAUCGUGGUACAUUAACGGGCUGCUCAUCCCCGAGAUCAAUGUAGUGCGCGGGCGCCGAUACACGUUCGUGACUGAGGGCGGUGCUGACCCGGGCGUGCCAGCGCGCUACCAUCCUUUCUACAUUACUGAUGACCCCGUAGGAGGGUACUAUCACAAGAACGAUGAGGAAAAGAAGGCUGUGAAAAUCUUUGCUGGUGUACGUCGGUCGCGUAAUGGCGAACUUAUCCCUACCGGCGUUGGCCGCCUCUGCAACUGGACCCCCGACACUUCAGGACCUGAAGCUGAUGAAUACCCGUCCUUCGGAGCCUACCAGAGGUCAUUGACCCUGGUUUGCGAGGAAGGCAACCCUGGCGUCGUCACAUGGACCCCUGACAAGAACACUCCGGAUACAGUCUAUUAUCAGUGCUUCACACAUCGUCAUCUCGGCUGGAAGAUAAACGUGGUUGACGAGUGCGACGCCACCGAGGCGGAAGAGAGCCGCAUAGUCGAGAGCGUCCUCCCCCCGGAGGAUCUCAUCGGCGAAGAAUCUAUACAGGUACAAAGUCGUGUCACACCAGACAAUAACAUCUUCGACCGCCGCCACAAAGUCAAUGCCGAAGCGAAACCAAAUUAUAACGAUUUCAGUAGAAGUAGCGAGCGGCCCGAGGAGUACGAGUUGCCCGUGUCCAAAGUGCAGAUCAAGGAGGUGAUCCACGCAGUCGAGAGUCUGGAGAGCGAGAUGCGAGAUGAGAUGAGGAGGAACCAGACCAGAGUUCCCACGCAGUACAAAGUUCAUGAGAACGUAGACGAAACAUUCGUACCAGAACGGCCUUUGAGAGAAGGAGAUGAAUAUGUGGUCGGACGCACUCCUGAAACAUUCUUUUUACCGCCCAACCAACAACCUUUAACGCUACAGUCAGUUUUACGGCCGAACCCAAUGGGAAAACCAGGCCCUAGACCACCGUUUAGACGUCCGCUACCACCAGAAAUCAAACUGCGGCGUCCACCGUCCGGAUACCAAAAAGGAAGUAACGGGUACCCAUUACCGAUGCCCGGAUCUCAUAACUCACAUGGAAUGAAAAAACCUCCGAUGAAACAUCCCGGAAGAAUGCCAAUCGGUCCUGUGCGCCUACCACCUGGAGUGCCGCCAGUGAAAACGAUGCCACCAUUCCAACAUCAUAAGCCAGGACCGAUGAAAUAUAACCAUAAGCCUUCUCACCCUGCUCAGCCUCUACAGCCGCCUCAAGAUCCACAGACGCAAUCAUCAAUAGUUGUAGGCAAGCCAAGUAAUGGAGGACCGUCUCUAGCUGCUACUCUUAAUCUUGGCCAAACUGAUAUCAUAAUGAAUCAAGUAGUAAGAAGUCAAAUUACUUUACCAGGUCUGGGUGAUGCAAUCACUCAGCAGAGCGUUCCGCAGACGUAUGUUAGCCGGCCAAGUCAAGGUCAGAUCAUAUUAGGCAAACCAAUGGAUCAUCCCUUACCUCUUGAUCAACAAAUGACUCAUACUAAACAUCAAACCAUAUUCACACCACCAUCACCAACAUUUCAAUCUCCACAGCCACCUAAGCAAAAUACAAAGGUUGACAAUGAUCGAGUUCAAUCACAGAAUGAUAUAAAAUCAUCUGAUUUCAUGGGAGAGUCAAUGGAAUCCUCAACACACCCAGCUUUUCCAGCUGUAAACACUGGCUUUAAGCCGGAUUCAAUUGUAGUCGAGAGUGGCUUUAAACCCAUCAUUAGAGAACCAUUAAUGGCUGCAGAGGAUAGAAUAGCUACUAGUGAAGACCAAGGUGCUAAUAGACGCGAAGAUACUGAUGUAGAAGAAGACUAUGACGAGUCACCCCAGUACAUCAAUCACGUAUAUGAUCGAAAACCAAGUGAUAAGAUCACAGAAACUUUUGAGCCGAUGUUCGUACCCUCCCCUCCUGAUCAUUUGAUUCCAACGGAUGACAGAACAAGGGAAGUAUUUCCAAGUAACCAUGCCAAAGAAGAUAGACCACACCCCGUAUACGUAAAGACCGAAGAACAACUAAACGCACUAUUUAGCAACAAAAAUAUGGAUAAAGAGGUUCCAUCGGAUAUGGUUAUGGAAUCAAAUAGAGUCAGUCCACAAUAUUUACCACCUGAUCCAAAAUUACCAAAAGAACAUUCUCAAAAGUUAGCGUUGAAUCAAGAAACAUUCACAACUUAUGAUGGUAAAACUGUUUCCGCCGCUACCCUUACUAACAUCCCUGAAAUUAAAGAUAAUACUAAAGUUUUCUCAUCAAAGCUACCUGCCAGUUCAGAAUUUCUGCUAAAAACACCACAAUUCGGGCCAUUCAAGGGUGCUAUACCUCCCAUCGUAAGUGCACAUAUCAGUACAGAAACUGCUAAGGAGCUCACUCCACCAUCACUUGAAACUCGAAAAACACAUCUGAAACUGGUUAAUUCUUACAACAAAGAAAGUGAAUCGAAAGGAGACGACUUGCAACCUGAGGGGAGUGAGAAACACGAAGUGAAAAGUGAAGAACAAGAAUAUGAGGAAGAAGAAGAAGUAGAUGAAGAAUACGAAGACGAAGAAAGAGCUAUGAGAAAGAAAAGAGAUACAAAAGUUACUCAGUUUGAAAAAGGCACAGUGGAAGAACAAACGACAAAGGAGUAUAGCACUUCUAGUGACCUUGUAGGUCACGAAUGGUCUUCAUCAUCAUCUAGUAAAUUUUCCAUACAUUGGAAUCUUCUACUACUUGCUACGCUCUUAAAACUCUUUUGAAAUAUGAGUUUAAGUAACUUAUUUAUUGUGUAAACGUAAGCCUUGCCAUUAAAUGCAUUUCGUGUUGUUUGCUAGGGGUGAUGGCUGUGGGUUUCGAGUUUCCCUCGUUGCGGUUGGUGUCUCCUUCGAUAAUAUAUUCUAAUCACUCCUGUUACCACUUUGUCACACGUUGAAUGCAAUUCAAUACUCCGUUAGAUUUAAGAUGUUUGUAAAUAUGUUUUUCUAUUAAUAAAUAAGUUUAU